AUGGACUUCGAUUCUUGGGCUCACUCUUUCUGCCUUGCCUGCGACAAGCAAGUGCAAUCAUCUUCUGACGCCUACUGCUCCGAGUCUUGCAGACUGGCCGACUUCGAGAAGACAUCAACAACCAGCUCUCAAGCCAGCUCGCCCGGCCUCACUUCUCCUUCCUGCCAAUGGUCCUCAUCAUCGAAAUCCUCUAGCUCGGGCUUCUACCUCUCCCCCGCCUACGAUUUCUCCAACGCAAAGCCAUACGGAUCAAGGCACAUGAGCCAACCCACCUUCAAGCCCUACGGCGCUGAGUCGACUGCCAACAACCGAUCUCUCACUCCCUCCAGCUCCCACAGCAGCCUGUGCUCCAUGCAGAGCACCUCAACAACAGGAGAGCAAAGUCAACUGUCCGACAAGGCGAGGAAGGAACUCCGAGCGUACGCUGUGUCCUUUGACAGCGUGAGGACUCAGCGACGACGAUCCUACUAA